AUGGCCACACAGCGGCCGUCGCCGCUGGCAUGCAUUGAAUGUCGAAAGAAGCACCUCAAAUGCGACGCAGUUACGCCUAUCUGUACACGGUGCAAGGAUCGAGGGCUCCACUGUAGCUAUACGCCUUCGCGCCGUGGGUGUGGAGGCCGAGCCAGACGACAAGCUCCGUCUACGCAGCCAUUGACAGAUUCGCCCUCACAACCGCGACAGCCUUCAUUCAGCACGCAACUACCUCCUACACCGGCAUAUGAUCCGACAGAGUCGUUAUCCAGCAUACGAACCUCUUCACCAGAUCCUUCUUGGAACCAUGCCAUUACGACAAGCAGAGCAGAAAGCACUGAUCCGGGCAAUCAACCAGUGUCAACACCAGGAUCGGACAGUUCGCCGAAAUCGACGCUUCGAUCCGAAGACGAGCAUUUGACAAAUCUAUAUUACAGCAGCUUUCACCCAAGUCACCCAAUUCUUGUCCCUCGAUCACGCUUUGCCAGCCAGAACUAUUCCGACCACCUGAGAACAAUCGUCAAAUUCGUUGGAUCGCACUAUGCACCAAACAUCUCCAGCGACACAUACAGAAUGGCGGUUGUCAAUUUGAUGGCAGGUGCUAGUGACGAGCGCAGUCCUGAGACGAUCCAAGCAUUGGUCAUUUAUGCCAUCGCUGUGCAUGCACGCUACGAACCUGGCGAAGCCAUGACAGCAAUCACAAAAGCUGCAGACAUCGCGAUCAGCUUGGGCAUGCACCGCGCAGAAUAUGCAGAGGCUCAUGGCUUCAACGACCCGGUUGUGGAAGAGUCGAUGCGACGGACUUGGUGGGAGCUAUUCAUAGCUGACGGCUAUCUGGCAUCCUUGCACAGGCACACAACAUUCAGGAGCAACUCAGUAAAUUCCACCGCAUAUCUACCUUGCGAGGAGAGUCUUUAUGGGAACGGACUGGUAGUAUCAGAGCAUGCGACUAUUGAUCAAUUUGAUAGCAGACACUUUGCCGACGAGGAGCGGCAAUUCUCGUCGUACUGCUACAGGAUCGAUGCCAUCCGAAUCAUGGCGCGGGUGAUGGCAGUCUCGACCGAGAAUGAGACGCAUGCAGAUACGAUCCAGGCCAUCGACAAUGCUAUUGCCGCGUGGAAAUUCAACUUGCCAAAUGAGAAAGCUGGAAUCGUGGACCACACUGGAGCAGUCGAUCCAGUGAUGUUCCAGGCAUUUCUCUACAUAGGAUGCGCGAGCAUAUUCCUUCACUUUCCGCGAUCUGAGCUGCCCAUCUCCAUGCCAGCAGCCGCAGAGAUCCAAUGCGCACAAAGACACAUGGCACAAGUCUCCCCAACCUCGACGCAGCACGCGGCGAAAGCUCUCGCAGCAUCCAAAGACUUGGCAAAUCUGGCGUCUUUGCCGAUGGACAAAUACUCGCCCUUCUUCAUCUGCGGCCUUGUUUUCGCGUGCGUCGUUCAGCUUUCCGCAUGCUCUGCAUAUCCGCGUGGAAGCACCGGGCAGAAUCGCGACCGUGUCGCGUUACUUGUCGGACUUCUGAAGAGCCUGAGUCGCCACUGGUCCAUCGCCAAGUACGUCGCGCAACAGCUAAGGAGAGCAGCGAACGAAAUCUUCAAUCCACGACCGGACGCUGUUACCAGCGCUCAUAGCAGUAACUCGACGUAUGAUAGUAGCAUCGAUGUCAACAACUUCCCUUCCGACAUCUCUUGGUUCGACAUGUUCUACAAUGAUGGAAUGCAGGGCGUGCAGGUGCAAGCCAUGGAGCUGACCGGGUUGUGA